AGCUCCGUCAGAGUUGCUGGUGGUUCCACUUUCUAUUUUUAUUUUAUUAUUGAUUUCUUUUUGUAAACCAUAUUGUGAUGUUAGGUGAGAUUAUUAAAUAAAUAAUUUACCAGUAGCUAUCCAGAUUUUAAGCAGGGGACUGUGACUUGGCUGUAAAUUACCUAGUCUUUAGCACUUUUUUGGAAAAAAAAAAUCUUUGGCAUCUAUUUUGCUUGCAAAGAUUAGACCUUUGUUAGAGCUAAUUCAAAGAAAAAAUGAGUGGAGAAGGAAAGGUGGUCUGUGUGACAGGAGGGUCUGGUUACAUAGCCUCCUGGCUAAUCAAAUUCUUGCUUCAAAGAGCUUACACUGUCAAGGCCACUGUUCGUAAUCCAAAUGAUCUGAAGAAAACUGCACACUUGCUUGCACUUGAGGGAGCCAAGGAAAGGCUUCACUUGCUCAAAGCUGAUUUAUUGGAAGAAGGAUCUUUUGAUGCUGCAGUUGAUGGUUGUGAAGCUGUUUUCCACACAGCUUCCCCUGUAUCUCUUCAAGCCAAUGCGGAUCCUCAGGCAGAACUAGUUGAUCCUGCAGUGCAGGGAACACUAAAUGUUCUUCGAUCUUGUGCAAAAGUUCCUUCUAUCAAGAGAGUGAUUAUAACAUCUUCAUUUGCUUCUCUUCCAUACAAUGGAAAAACUCUGGCCCCUGAUGUAGUUGUUGAUGAGACUUGGUUUUCAGAUCCAGCUGUUUGUGCAGAACAGAAGCUCUGGUAUCAACUUGGGAAAACGUUAGCUGAGCAGGCUGCUUGGGAAUUUGCAAAAAACAAGAAGAUGGAUUUUGUUACAAUACAUCCAGUGUUUGUCCUUGGUCCUCUUUUGCAGCCAACUAUUAAUAGCUCUAUCGAGAUACUUUUCAAUCUCAUAAAUGGAGGAGCUCAAGAGUAUCCUGAUGCAUAUUAUAGAUCCAUCGAUGUGAGAGAUGUUGCUUAUGCACAUAUUCAGGCUUUGGAGAUUCCUUCAGCUAGUGGCAGAUAUUGUUUAAUUGAAAGCAAUGUUCACUUCUCUGAGGUUCUGAAGAUUGUGCAGCAACAUUAUCCUACAUUGCACCUUCCAAAAAAAUGUGGCUCCGGAUUGAAUUACUUAACGAAGUAUGAGGUAUCCAAGAAAAAAGCGAAAACUUUGGGUAUUGACUUCAUUCCUUUGGUGGUUAGUUUGAAGGACACUAUUGAAAGCUUGAAGGAGAAGGGCUUCCUCAGCAUUUGAUUUUAGCUGUUGGAUAAAAAACAAAGCAAAUAUUACAUUGGCCUUUUAGGUUCAUUGGCUUUAGCUUCCUAUUGGUGCCCUUUGUCUUUAUUUGAAAAAAGUGGACCAAUACAAUUUGUAAAAUAUAUAACAAUUUGUAUACAACUGAAUCAAUUGGUAGAUAUUACAUUGGCCUUUUAGGUUCAUUGGUA